GCUGUUGAGAGAAACGGCCAGGUUUAGCCACAUAUUAGCAGUGUUUUUACCCGUUUAGAGACACAUUUUUUUAAUUUUUUUAAUCCGUCUAUGGCACAACAACAACUUUGUCAUUCGGUUGUCAGUUUUUAAAGGGAUGAAAAGGCACAAGAAGAAGAAACAAAACGCAGGAGUUGGGGUGAAUGGGAAUGCAUCUGUCACAAGAGAACCAGAUUGUGGGAGGAAACAGAAGCUGACUGAGAUCCAUCAGGCUUUGAUCAGUGAUCCAGUGGACAUUGAGACACUGAGGAAUGCAGCAGCCAGUAAGGGAGGACUGCUCACUGAUGAACUGAGGAGGAAAGUCUGGCCAAAACUACUGAACAUCAAUGUGUAUGAUCUACCACAUAAACCUGGUCGAGAUGUGAGGGAGAACCACAAGGACUACAACCAAGUAGUCCUGGAUGUCAGGAGGUCGAUGAAGCGGUUCCCUAAAGGUAUGCCAGCCACAGAGAGAGCCAUUCUUCAGGAGCAGCUGAUCGACAUCAUACUGGAGGUUUUGAAACGCACCCCUCAGCUCCAUUACUACCAAGGCUACCACGACGUGGCCGUCACUCUGCUGCUGGUGGUCGGGGAGAGGAUGGCCAUCGCCAUGCUGGACACUCUGUCCAAUCACCAUCUCAGGGAUUUCAUGGAUCCGACCAUGGACAGCACUAAACACAUUUUAAACUACCUGAUGCCCAUAUUGGAACAGGUUGAUACAGAACUACAUGACUUCAUGAUCAGAGCGGAGGUGGGAACCAUCUUCGCGUUGUCCUGGCUCAUCACAUGGUACGGCCACGUGCUGUCGGACUUCAAACACACCAUGAGACUGUACGACUUCUUCCUGGCCUCACACCCACUGAUGCCCAUCUACCUCGCUGCAGCGAUCGUGUUGCACAGAGAGAAGGAGGUGAAGAAGACGGAGUGCGACAUGGCCAUGGUGCACCACCUCCUCUCUCGCAUCCCCCAGGACCUCCCAUAUGAAUUUCUGAUCGGCCAGGCCCAGGACCUGUUCGACCAGUACCCUCCGUCUCUACUGGCCAAGCGGGCAGCACUGCAGUCUCGAAAAAGUCUGUCCAUCAGCACCUUCCAGGCUUUUCAGCUCUCCACCCUCCACCAGAGGCCCGACUCUGUUCUCCAACGUCUAACCAAGGCCCAGGGCCCCACCACCUACAGACAAGCCUCUCGACACUCAGGUCUGGAAGCGGCUUUGCCCCGAGACCGAGGCCAGCUGUGGGGGAAGGGGAACAGGAUGGUGAAGAUGGCAGUGUGGGGGCUGUCCGCGACGCUCGGGGCGGCCGUGUUCGCCGUGGCUCAGACAGCGAUGGACUGGGGACCCGAGGUGUUACUACAACUGUUCUGACGUGGCGGUGGGCAUUCAGAAUGUUAGACACACGCUAACACAUGGUGACAGCAGACACGCAUCUGCUCCUCAGACGGAUUAAACAAUAAACAAACUUACACACACAAACAAAGACGUUGAAGACUUGAAGCUCCUCUCUCCUGCUGAGAGGAGACGGUGGAGGAAAGCAGGAGGAGGUCAGUUAUCUUGGUGCCAAACAGGUUGUUGCUACUCAACCACAUGAACAUAUGUCAGCCACUAGCCAGCCUCGGGAUGUGUGUGCUUUUUUGAGCGGGUGGAUGCGUGUUAUAUGUGUCUGAGUGGGUAUUCCAGACGUCAUGCCACAUGUGAACUGAAUGAGCCUACUGGAGCUCCCUGACCUCAUGGGUCUCUGGGCCAGAGCCUCAAUAGGAAGUGACUGUUACCCUUUCCUUUAAAAAAAAAAAAAAAAGUAAGUCAGAUGACCACAAAGAUGCAAAACAACCAGAAACAGGCACAAAAUAACCACAGAGAGACACAAACGACUGCAAAUGGACAGAUAGUUACCACAAAGUGAUACAAAACGACCAUAAAGAGACAUAAAACGACCACAGUGAAACUAGAAAAUGAGGCAAAGUCACCACGGAGACACAAAAUGACUGCAAACUGAUGCAAAACAACCAAAAAGAGACUAAAAAUGACCACAAUAAGACUAAAAAAAGAGACAAAAUGUCCAUAGAGACAGAAAACGACUGCAAACUGAUGCAAAACAACCAAAAGAGACAGAAAACGACCACAAUGAGACUAAAAAAAAAGAGGCAAAAUGACGACAGAGACACAAAACCACUGAAAACUGAUGCAAAACAACCAAAAACAAAUGCAAAAUGCCCACAUAUAUGAAAAAUGACCACAAAGAGCAACACAAUGACUACAAACAGACCACAGAGAGAUUCAAAAAUACUAAAAAAAAAAAAGACGCAAGACAACCACAAACUGAUUCAAAAUGACUACACAGACAUACAAAGAAACUACUGAGAGAAGCAAAAACAUUAUAAAGGGACAUAAAAUGACCAAAAAGAGACACCAAACAAUGACAAAAAAACAGAGAUCCAAAACAACCACAAAAAGAAACAAAAAGUAUGAAGUGAGGUAAAAUGACCAGAAGGAGACAGAAAAAUUGGCAAAAAGACACAAAAUGACCACUAAAAGAAGCAAAACAACCAAAGAAAGAAGCCAAAUUUCCAAAAUCAUUACAAAGAGACGUGGACACUGUGUUUGUUCUGUGUCUCUUUCAGUCCUCUGUAGGAGAGGUCGGGGGCUUUUAUCGGCUUUUGUCCAGGGGCCCGUUAUGUCAUUAUUCGCCCAUGCAUGUGAGACACCAACACAUUUUGCUUUUUCAGGCUGUUGCUCACACCGUACCACUGCAGGAACAUUUUUCCACGUGUCUCAGUGCGUUUGCUGUUAGCUCAUUAUUUUGCUGAUAACUCGUUUUUAGCCUGUCAUGCUUGUUCCGUUGCAUUUCCGUCGAUGGUGUUUUAGUGCGCUUGUUGGAUCAGCAGCCAUAUCUGAGAGCCAGAAGUGCCUGUAGCCAGCAACGAUGACACAUGAAUACAAAUUAUUAAAGAGCAGUGUUUUCUGCUGAAAGCUUCUAGUUAUGAGCAAAGAAGGGGAGUGAGAGAGAAAAAUGAGGAAAGAUGGGGGAGGAGAUUUUGCCUGUGAGCCACUCGUAUUAAUUGCUUUACUCCAGGUGUCGGCGAGUUACACUUACAGUAGAGUUUCACACAGAAAACGAGUUGCUGCUGCUUCAAAAUGUUAUACACAGUUGGCGUGCAGCCCUCAAUGCAAGCAGUGGGUCUUUUGCAGGAGGUAUUGAAAUACAUAUUUAUUUAAUAUAUUAUUUUUAUAUUUUUCUGGAGCAGUGUUCUGCAUGUUGUGGCCAAGCACGACUGAAUGAAUAUGGAGAAGACACCAGUACUUUUACACUCUUAAAAUAUUUAGCAGGUUUGCGCCAACAUCCACCCUGAACAGCCGUCAACAGGACUACAGUCCUCAGACUCACUUCUUCUCAUAUUUCUCUUCAGCAUUUUAAAGCUACAGUGAUUAUUUUAGUGUAUUUAAUGGACAAAAUUGUGUUUUAAUUUUAUUUAAGUGGAAAGAAUUAACUAACUGCAUUCCACAUCCAGUAGAUACCGUUGGAGGAAACCUACUCGCUGAGUUUCAGCACCUGAAAAGUGAUUAUUAAUAAUACAGGCUGUUUCCAACCGAGGUACAUACAUAUGUGCAGGGCACGGGGGUUUCUCCAAACAGCAACGCUCGGUGUGUGUCAGCUUAUAUUCUGAAAUAUUUAUCAGCUUUUAUGAGCAUGUUUCAGAGUUGCAUCUGUUUCACUGUAGUCGCAACACUAUCAUAUCUCCCCUUCCUCCGUCAAUAGAUAUAAAUCUUUGCACAGCUGGAUUGGAUGUGAAGUUUAACAUGUUGAUUUUAGUUGCUCUGCAGCAUGUUAAUUCAACUGGUUUGCGCUUUCGUUGUGCAUAAAAAUUACCGUAGUGCGUGCAUUUUUACAAAUCUAGAGUCACAUUUCUGGCCUCAGGGCGAUCUGAGAGAGACUGCAGGGCUGAGUAGUUAACAAACUGGUCAGUCAAUUUAUCAGUCCAUUAAGGAGUUAGUUCCAGGCAUUCUCCAGGAAACUCCAAUUGAAGUGAUUUUGAUUGCUGAUAAUCAGUCAGUUAAUUCAUUACAGAGUCAAUUAAUUGAUCAGAGCCUGUAACUGCAAGCCAGUUUAGGCCGUCAGUAAGCUGUAAUGAGUAGCUGCUGCAUGUUCCACCUGUCAGUCCGACACGCUGUACAUCGUAUAAAACAUCAUGUGUGUGUGUCUGAUGUGAUUAAAUGCAAUAAGUGUGUGUGUGUGUGUGUGUGUGUGUGUGUGUGUGUGUGUGUGUGUGUGUGUGUGUGUGUGUGUGUGUGUGUGUGUGUGUGUGUGUGUGUGUGUGUGUGUGUGUGUGUGUGUGUGUGUGUGUGUGUGUGUGUGUGUGUGUGUGUGUGUGUGUGUGUGUGUGUGUGUGUGUGUGAGAGAGAGAGAGAUGGAAAAUGUAAGCUUUAGUCACAGUUCAGUUUCUUUUAACUCACUGGGCAUCUUUUGUGUUUUAUUGAGUUUUUAUGCGUUUUUUUGGUACGAGGUGCCUCAUUAUAAAUAUCAAGAGUCUAAAUGUUUAUUUUAAGAGCAACAAUCUGAUUGGCUAUUUAUUUAAUGGUGAAACAUUAAAAUGCAUUUUAUGAAUGUGUAUUUAACAUGGAUAUGUGGGUCAGUUAAACAAAUGAAUAGGUUUGUAAUUAUCACAGUCUGACGGUUUAUUAUGAUAUUUCAAAAGUCAUUUUACAUAUGAAAUACUGUAACAGGUCGCUCAUUAUGAAUCAGACUAGAAGUUUAGAAGUUUAAAAGGAAUAGUUUGACAUUUUGGGAAACGUGCUUAAUUGCUGCCUUGCUGAGAGUCGGAUAAUGUCGGACUGUUCCUUUAAAUGUUCGGCUCACUUCUUAGAUUAAAAUAGUAAACAAAUGACAUUGCAAAGGGAACACUUACUGUCUUAUGGUGCAUGGUCGCCUUGAUUUGCAUCUUGCUCCUAUUACACAAAAGGCUUAUUUUACAGUGAAGUUAAUUCUGCCUGUACUUUUAAAGUAUAUAUAAAAUCUUCUUGUGCAUCUUUGAUGCUUGGCUACAAAUGAUUGAUAUAAAAUUUGCAUGUAGUCUUUGCUUACACUUGUUUGGCUGCCUCAGACAUAAAUAUGCAGGGAAAAACUCUGACCACAGUCUGUGAUGCUACUGUGUAGUUGUAAUAUGAGUGCCAUGUAGACCUACACACACACACACACACACACAUAUAUAUAUAUAUAUAUAUAUAUAUAUAUAUAUAUAUAUAUACACACACACUCAUACUAGGAGCGCGUGAUGGUGCUGGUGGUGCCAGAUCAUAAUGAGGAUUUAAUUCCUGCCCCUGGCUCUUGGCGUGCUUAAGACAGUUUUUCCUUCUUGUUUUUUUUUCUUUUCACAUUAACACUCAAACACCUACACCAACACCUGCAGUGGUCUCAUUCUGGCAGAGGCCUUACAUGAAAAAUGAUUGAAGCGUGGUUUGAAUGAAACCAAUCAAGAUGUAAAAGAAAGAAGAUGGAUGCUGUCGAUCCCAUGUCUUAAGUUGGCUAAAAUAACAGUUAAUUUUCAGGUUUCGGGCCAUAAAAGUAAUGAAAAAGACUAUAAGAACUCUUCUAGAGAAGUAAAAAUAGUAGAAGUAAUAGAGCUGUAGUGCAAUGAUUUACUUUAGUUCAUAGUAGAUUAAAUAUUUCACAUUUUCGCUGCAUUUAUUAUCUUUUGUCUCACUUAAUACCAGCCCACAUCUGCAAAUAUUUUGAGGCUAUUUUGCACUCCACCUACUAUCCAUUCUGUUGAAUCUAUUUGCCAAAUAAACAAACAAAAUCCCAUAGAUGAUUCAUUCCAGAAAGUUUUAAUACAUUUUAACCGAUCUGCUCAGUUUUCAUGUUGAUUAUGAAACAAGUGAUGCAUCCUUUGAAAUGCACACACAAAACAAAAAAACAAAAAACACAUUUUGCUGCUUUUGAAUGAAAAUCAAAGCAAAUGGAAUAAAACAAACCAAACCAACAUAAAAUAAGAAAUAGAGGAGUAGGAGUUAUUUCAAUAGCUGGGUGCAGUGGAUGUAAUUUGAGAGCAAUUUAAAGAAAAAAAAAACACCUACUGUGAUUCAAAAUAACUUGAAUUUCAUGCCAAAUUGUGAAUUCACUGUGGUGAGAUGAAAGGCCUGAAGUUGAACUCCCAGUGAGCUCUUGUUGAGUCUCUCAUGGCGGCUCUGUCCUCCCCUCAGGUCUGAAAACUUUCCCAAGAGAUGCGAUUGCACCAAAUGCUUUUACAGAUAAUGUAAAGCCCUAAUUUGCGUGUGUAUGUUUGAAUUCUGUGGGCAUUUUACUGCAUGUUUCUCAUAUCAAGUGUACCAAACCUUUGGUACAAACAUAUCAGGUUCUUUGCACCUUGUUCUUGUAAAGUGUUUGUAAAUGAGACAUGAAUGAACAACUGAAUAAAUUAUAUUUAAAAAACA